AUGAAGAUUUUUACUGCUCCUCAUGCCCUGGCGCUGUCUUUGGCAGCUAGCCAGGGUUUCGCAGCCAUGACCCAGGGCGUCUCUGAGAACGUCUACAACCGGUUGGUUGAAAUGGCCACCAUCUCACAGGCUGCGUACGCCAACUUGUGCAAAAUUCCUUCCACCAUCACCACAGUAGGCAAGAUUUACAACGCCCAGACCGACAUCAAUGGAUGGGUUCUCCGUGACGACUCACGCAAGGAAAUCAUCACCGUCUUCCGUGGCACGGGCAGCAAUGUGAAUCUGCAGCUGGACACCAAUUAUACCCCGGCUGCUUUUGCGACCAACCCCCUGUGCAAGGGCUGCUUUGUGCAUGGCGGAUACUACAAGGGCUGGCUUUCUGUCAAGGACCAGGUCGAGUCACUGGUUCAUCAGCAAGCUAGCCAGCACCAGGACUAUGCAUUGACAGUCACAGGCCACAGUCUCGGUGCUUCCAUGGCCGCCAUCACCGCCGCCCAGCUGGCCGCCACCUACAGCAACGUCAAUCUGUACACGUUUGGUGAACCUCGAACCGGCAAUCAAGCCUUUGCAUCCUACAUGAACGAUCACUUCCACGCCAGCAGCCCUGCAACCACUCGCUACUUCCGCACCACCCACACAAAUGAUGGAAUCCCGAACCUGCCCCCCACCUCUCAGGGAUACGUCUCGUCCGGCAUUGAGUACUGGAGCGUGGAGCCGCACAAUGCACACAACGUCUUUGUCUGCACCGGCAACCAGAACCAGUGCUGCGAGGCCCAGGGUGGACAGGGAGUGAAUGCCGCGCACGUCACUUACUUUGGCAUGUCGAGUGGUGCUUGUAGCUGGUAA